AUCAUAUCCAUCUAUCCCAAACAAUAAUAACAACACCUUAUCCAUCUAUCCAUCUAUCUUAUAUGUUAUGGUUGAGCCUUCUGGCUCCGGUACUACGAGACAUGGUCGUAAGACUCCUCGAGAGUCAGACUCUUUUGAGGAGCGUGAAAGGAAGCGGCUCCGGGACUUAUUUGCAGAACCAACAGAUGAAGACUCAUUUGAGGGUUUUACUGAGGGAAUGGAGGAAGAGAUGGUUAGCUCAGAGGAGGAUGACAUGGAGUGGACUCGUGUGAGGGAGGAUUUGGGUGUCACCGGCAAUGAUAGCAUGGGAGGCGAUUGGCAGGUUGCAGAAUCAGACCCAUGGACGGGCUGGAGGGAUGGAGCGGGAUCCACAGCUGGGGAUGCUGUGGGGCGUAGUCAAAGGUGUUUUAGCUCUGAUGAGGAUGAUGAGGAGGCACCUGGAAUUAGGAUAGCAGCUGACAGCGAUGAGGAGUUAUGAACUGGGAUAAAAUGGGGUUUAGGAUCAAUGGCUAAUUGCGUUGGGCAAGGUAAUCUGGACGAACGCUUGGGCUCUUGUUGGGGAACUUCCUGAAGACGGGUGUGAUUCGUUGCUGGAUACGUAAGUUACCAAGGACACUGGGCAUAGACGGCGGGAGGUACUGUGUGGGGUUUUUCUGUGCAACUUGUGUUUAAUCUUGAUAGCUUGGACCUCCGUCGUCUUUUUGACGGACAUUAAUUACCUACUCUGGACUGACGCUGGACUGACUGACUGACUACGACCCUGGACUAUCCCUUCUGUGGCUAUCGGUGGAACCUGUGGACGUCUGCACUUGGCUUUCGACCUUGGACCGGAUUGAGACCCAUGCUGACCGUCGUUACCCUGAUUGAUGUGCCUGGACCCGGAUUUCGCUUGUUGCACGGAGGAGUAAACAGCCGGAGUUACUCAUCUGUAGCUUUUGAGUAGCAGAGAGGAAUCUGCUGCCAGCUUUUGUGUUCAUUUUGACCUCUGCUUUCCACCUUUUGUUUGUUUAAAUUGUUAAGCUGAAGUAAGCACUUUUUCUUUAACCCGGAUUAAAUUCCUGUUUAAUCCGGUUAAUUCUUUGGAACCGUUUUAAUUUAAACGGAGCUGUUUUUUGUUACUUUUCACAUCAAAGGCAAGUGUUUGCCUAGUCUUUUGUUUUCUACGGGCAUUUCUCAGUUCUGUAACUUUAAUAAACUGUGUUGUACCCUAUUUGGUGGCGUUCUGUCUAUGACAUUAUACAUCUAUCUUUUGCUGGGACUUUUAAGUAUGUCAUUUCUAAGUGAGUGUAAGUAAUUGUAAGAAUCAGACCCAAGUAUGCUGUAGGUAAUAAAAAUCAAGUUUCAAGUUUAUUCGAUGCUUAGUGUUAUGGUUGAGCCUUCUGGCUCCGGUACUACGAGACGUGGUCGUAAGACUCCUCGAGAGUCAGACUCUUUUGAGGAGCGUGAAAGGAAACGGCUCCGGGACUUAUUUGCAGAACCAACAGAUGAAGACUCAUUUGAGGGUUUUACUGAGGGAAUGGAGGAAGAGAUGGUUAGCUCAGAGGAGGAUGAUAUGGAGUGGACUCGUGUGAGGGAGGAUUUGGGUGUCACCGGCAAUGAUAGCAUGGGAGGCGAUUGGCAGGUUGCAGAAUCAGACCCAUGGACGGGCUGGAGGGAUGGAGCGGGAUCCACAGCUGGGGAUGCUGUGGGGCGUAGUCAAAGGUGUUUUAGCUCUGAUGAGGAUGAGGAUGAGGAGGCACCUGGAAUUAGGAUAGCAGCUGACAGCGAUGAGGAGUUAUGAACUGGGAUAAAAUGGGGUUUAGGAUCAAUGGCUAAUUGCGUUGGGCAAGGUAAUCUGGACGAACGCUUGGGCUCUUGUUGGGGAACUUCCUGAAGACGGGUGUGAUUCGUUGCUGGAUACGUAAGUUACCAAGGACACUGGGCAUAGACGGCGGGAGGAACUGUGUGGGGUUUUUCUGUGCAACUUGUGUUUAAUCUUGAUAGCUUGGACCUCCGUCGUCUUUUUGAUGGACAUUAAUUACCUACUCUGGACUGACUGACUGACUACGACCCUGGACUAUCCCUUCUGUGGCUAUCGGUGGAACCUGUGGACGUCUGCACUUGGCUUUCGACCUUGGACCGGAUUGAGACCCAUGCUGACCGUCGUUACCCUGAUUGAUGUGCCUGGACCCGGAUUUCGCUCGUUGCACGGAGGAGUAAACAGCCGGAGUUACUCAUCUGUAGCUUUUGAGUAGCAGAGAGGAAUCUGCUGCCAGCUUUUGUGUUCAUUUUGACCUCUGCUUUCCACCUUUUGUUUAAAUUGUUAAGCUGAAGUAAGCACUUUUGUUUUAACCCGGAUUAAAUUCCUGUUUAAUCCGGUUAAUUCUUUGGAACCGUUUUAAUUCAAACGGUGCUGUUUUUUGUUACUUUUCACACCAAAGACAAGUGUUUGCCUAGUCUUUUGUUUUCUAUGGGCAUUUCUCAGUUCUGUAACUUUAAUAAACUGUGUUGUAUCCUAUUUGGUGGCAUUCUGUCUAUGACACUUAGACAAUAGGUCUUUCACAUGCAAGGCAAACAAACAAAUACAUGAAGACCAGAAUUAUUAAAUACAAUAUAAAACACAGCAAGACUAAUUUCUGAUAUUGCAGCCGAUUGUGCUGGAGAUGCUUUUAACUAAUAGUAAUGAAAAUCAAUCCACCUGGUUCGUCUAAUGCAAUGAGCAGCCAAAGUUGAGUAGUUGUAGAACUACUAAAGAAGUGCAAGGUUUCUAUGUUGUUUGAGGGUUGGUUCUGGAGGUUCUGUGUUUGUUGGAGGCGUGUGCUUACGCUGCAAAGUUCCAGAAGAAGGAGGAGGAAGAAGGAGAAGAAAGCUUUUGCAAGCAAGAAGGCUUCAACUGCUUGGGAGUUGCUGGCAGAAAGGUUGGAGAAGAGUUCCUAUAUUGUAAAUAUUCCUUUGUAUACAGUCCUUUUCUACUACAAAGACAUUUGGUGUAUGUCGUCUACUUAAACCAGUGAGAGAGAGCUUCUUCUGAGAAGGGUGUGUUUCUAUUGCCUCAUACAGAUCCCUUGUAAUUACAUGGUGACGUCUAUCACAUCUAUCCUAUCUACCUAUUUUAUCCAUCUGUCCGUCCGUCCUAUCCAACCAUCUUUCCUUUCUACCUAUCCUGUCCUAUCCACUACCAUAUAUCUAUCCAUCCAUCUAUCUAUAUCAUUUAUCUAUCUAAUCUAUGUGCCCUAUCUAGCCUAUAUAUCUGUCUAUCCUAUCCAAUCCAUCCUAUCUAUCCUAUCAUCUAUCCUAUCUAUCCAUCCUGUGCAUCUAUCCCAUCUAACCUACUUAUCUCUCCUAUCCUAUCCACCUAUUCUAUUAAUCUAUCCCAUCCAUCUUUCCUAUCUACUUACCCUAUGUACCUAUCUUAUCCAUCUAUCCUAUCCACUUAUCCUGUCCUGUCUGUCCCAUCCUGUCCCAUAAUAACACCCUUUCCCAUCUGUCCCAUCCAACAAUAACAACACUCUAUCUAUCCCAUCCGUCCCAUCUAUCCCGUCCAAUAAUAACACCCUAUCCAUCUAUCCCAAACAAUAACACCCUAUCCUAUCGCAUCCAAUCACAACACCAUAUCCAUCUAUGCCAUGCAUCCCAUCCAAUAAUAACACCCUAUCCAUCCCAUCCAUCUAAUAACACCCUAUCCAUCAGUCCCAUACAAUAAUAACACCAUAUCCGUCUAUCCCAUCCAUCCCAUCCAAUAAUAACACCCUAUCAGUCUAUCCCAAACAAUAACACCGUAUCCAUCUAUGCCAUGCAUCCCAUCCAAUAAUAACACCCUAUCAAUCUAUCCCAUCCAAUAAUAACACCCUAUCAGUCUAUUCCAAACAAUAACACCAUAUCCGUCUAUCCCAUCCAUCCCAUCCAAUAAUAACACCCUAUCAGUCUAUCCCAAACAAUAACACCGUAUCCAUCUAUGCCAUGCAUCCCAUCCAAUAAUAACACCCUGUCAAUCUAUCCCAUCCAAUAAUAACACCCUAUCAGUCUAUUCCAAACAAUAACACCAUAUCCGUCUAUCCCAUCCAUCCCAUCCAAUAAUAACACCCUAUCCAUCUAUCCCAAACAAUAACACCGUAUCCUAUCGCAUCCAAUCACAACACCAUAUCCAUCUAUGCCAUGCAUCCCAUCCAAUAAUAACACCCUAUCCAUCCCAUCCAUCUAAUAACACCCUAUCCAUCUGUCCCAUACAAUAACACCAUAUCCGUCUAUCCCAUCCAUCCCAUCCAAUAAUAACACCCUAUCAGUCUAUCCCAAACAAUAACACCGUAUCCAUCUAUACCAUGCAUCCCAUCCAAUAAUAACACCCUAUCAAUCUAUCCCAUCCAAUAAUAACACCCUAUCAGUCUAUUCCAAACAAUAACACCCUAUCCAUCUAUCCCAUCCAUCCCAUCCAAUAAUGACACCCUAUCCAUCUAUCUUAUACAUUUAUCUAUUGUUGAAACUUAAGUAUGUCAUUUCUUAAGUGAAUGUAAGUAAUUGUAAGAAUCAGACCCAAGCAUGCUAUAGGUAAUGAAAAUCAAUUCACCUGGUUCGUCUAAUGCAAUUAGUAGCCCAGGUGGAGUAGUUGUAGAACUACUAAAGGAGUGAAAGGUUUCUAUGUUGUUUGAGGGUUGGUUCUGUGUUUGCUGGAGGAGUGUGCUUAUGCUGCAAAGUUCCUGAAGAAGAAGGAGGAGGAGGAGGAGGAGGAGAAGAAAGCUUUUGCAAGCAGGAAGGCUUACACCUGCUUGGGAGUUGCUGGCAGAAAGGUUGGAGAAUUGUCCCUGUAUUGUAAAUAUUCCUUUGUAUACAGUCCUUUUCCUACUACAAAGACAUUUGGUGCGUGUCUACUCCUUAAACCAGAGGGAGAGCUUCUUCUGAGAAGGGUGCGUUUCUAUUGCCGCAUACAGAACCCUUUUAAUUGCAUGGUGACGUCUAUUCUAUCUAUCCUAGGCAUACUCUGAGGCCCCGCCCCCUUUGCGCCAGUGAGUUGCUACGUCACUCAGGCCCCGCCCCCUUCGUCGCCGCCAUUUCUGUGAAGAAGAAAAGAAGGAAGGAAGAAGAACGACAAGGGAGAUGAGGAGUUUAUCUUUGGGUGCGGGAAGGAAACCAAUAAUAUAGGAAGAAGAAAUCCUCUCAAGGUGAUGAUCUUGUUGAAUUCUUGACCUAACUUAAAGAUUUAAAAAAGGAAAAAAAAGAGUCAAGGCUCUGUCUUGCAAUUCAACACCCAUAUCACUGUUGACAUGAAGGGGAAAGCAUCUAAAUGCCUGGAGUGUGGAGAGAGUUUCACUGGGAGGAAUCAUCUGCAGCAACAUGAAAGGACUCACACUGGAGAGGAACCCUAUACAUGCCUGGAAUGUGAACAGAGAUUUUCUUAUAGUUCAAGUGUACAUAGACAUCAAUGGACUAACAUUGGGGAGAAAGCCUAUGAAUGCCUGGAGUGUGGACAGAGCUUUGGUCAUAGCUCGAGUUUAUGUUCACAUCAAAGGACUCACACUGAGAAAAACCCCUAUAAAUGCCUGGAGUGUAUACAGAGCUUAACUCAGAACGCAAAUCUAUGUUCGCAUCAAACAACUCACACUGGGGAGAAACCCUACAAAUGCCUGGAGUGUGGAGAGAGCUUCACUAAGAGUUCAGGCCUACGUUCACAUACAAGGACUCACACUGGGGAAAAACCCUACAAAUGCUUGGAGUGUGGAAAGAGCUUUGCUAAGAGUGACAAUCUACGUUCACAUCAAAGGACUCACAGUAAGGAGAAACCCUAUACAUGUCUGGAAUGUGGAAAGAGCUUCACUAAGAAUGUCAAUCUAUGUUCGCAUCAAAGGACUCACACUGGGGAGAAGCCCUAUACAUGCCUGGAGUGUGGACAUAGCUUCACUCAGAGUUCAAGUCUACAUGCACAUCAUAGAAUUCACACUGGGGAGAAACCCUAUAUAUGCCUGGAGUGUGGAAAGAGCUUCAAUCAUAUUUCAGGUCUACGUUCACAUCAAAGGACUCACACUGGAGAGGAACUCUAUAAAUGCUUGGAGUGUGGACAGAGCUUCACUCAUAAUAGAAGUCUACGUUCACAUCAAAGGACUCACACUGGAGACUUAACCCUAGAAAUGCAUGGAGUGUGGGAAAAGCUUUUCUGAGAGUUCAAAUCUACAUAUACUGUACAUAGAAUUCACAUUGUAAAGAACAGUGGUAUUUGAGACUCUCUAACAUAGAGCUUUCCAAACUUUUCAUGUUGGUGACACACUUUUGCAACAUAGUAAUUCAGUUUAACUAGCAAACCAGAGGUUAAACCCCUUAUAAGAUUUUGAAUUUCUAUAAAUAAUAUAAUAAUAUAUAGUGAUUCAUAUCAAAUAAUCUUUACUGUAUAAACAAUGUAUGUGCCAUUUCCUCUAGCUGAUCCGUGUGCUUAAUCACAAACAUCAUUAUCAACAAAUUUUAUUUUCUUAAUUACAGAUGUAUGUAUUUUGUGGUAAUGUGCAAAUAACAAAAGUUAUAACAGUACCCCAGUGAAGUAUAUUAUGCUUGGGAAUCUGGUGUGUCCUCUGGAUGGCUUUGAGCUGAGCUUUGAUGGUUGUCUGUUGGGAGGGCUUUGACUGUGCCUUCCUAUCUGGCUGAAGGGGGUUGGACUGGAUGCCCUUUGGAGAUCUCUUCCAAUGGAGGCAGAGGAGGAAUCGUUUUACAUGCAACGUGCCUGUGUACUACAACCAACGCACUAGUGUGUCAUGACACACAGUUUGGAAUGCUCUGAUCUAAUACAUGCGAAGGCAAUGCUUAUUAAUGCUGAAAAAUGAGAGCACAUUGUUGUGAUAUUUUUAUCAUGUUGUGAUGCUUUUGCAGAAAGGCCCGGAAAUAUUGGGAUCAAAUGCAUAUGAUGCUGGAUGGUUAUUGAUAAGGUUAGAUUUACAAUGAGAAAGAUGCCAAGAGUAUAUGAUAACUUCAUCAAGCAUUGUCUAUCCUCAAAGAUGGGAGGAAGUCGUUAUCCCACACAAGAAGAAUGACUGAUCAAAAUCCGCAAGCUCUCAGAAAUUGACAAGGUGACUUUGCCAAUUAAAAAGAAAUCUUUGAGCAACUUCAAGAAAUAUUGGGAUUUAUUUAUUACUUUUCACAACAACAACAGGUGCGGUUGGCAGGGACGAGAGACGGGGUCUUCUCAGUGGUGGCCCUGCGGCUGUGGAACUCGCUCCCCAGUGACAUCAGAAUAACCCCCUCGCUCUAAAGCUUCAGGAAAAAUCGAAAUGAGGAUUCUGUGGAGCCACCUCUUGGAUGCAGUAAGGAAACAAACAAUAUAUGAAGAAGAAAUCCUGUCAAGAUGGCGAUCUUGCUGAGUUCUUGACCUCACUUACAGAGAAGAAAGAAAAAAAGAAGAGCCAAUUAUCUGUAUUGGAAUUCAACACCCAUAUCACUGUUGACAUGACUGAGAAAGCAUCUAAAUUUCUGGAGUGUGAAAAGAGUUUUACUCAGAAUGUGAAUCUAUGUUCACAUGAAAGGACACACACUGGGGAGAAACCCUAUACGUGCCUGGAGUGUGGAAAGUGCUUCACUCAAAAUGGACACUUACGUUCGCAUCAAAGGAUUCACACUGGGGAGAAACCCUAUACAUGCCUGGAGUGUGGAAAGAGUUUCACUGCAAGUGGACAUCUACGUUCACAUGAAAGGACUCACACUGGGGAGAAACCCUAUACAUGCCUGUUGUGUGGACAGAGCUUCACUCAGAGUGCAAAUCUACGUAGACAUCAAAAGACUCACACUGGUGAGAAACCCUAUACAUGCCUGGAAUGUGGAAAGCGCUUCACUGAGUGUGGAAAUCUACGUUCACAUCAAAGGAUUCACACUGGGGAGAAGCCCUAUAUGUGCCUGCAGUGUGGACAGAGCUUCACUAAUCAUUCGAGUCUACGUUUGCAUCAAAGGACCCACACCGGGGAGAAACCGUAUAAAUGCGUAGAGUGUGGAAAGAGCUUCACUCAGAGUGCAGAUCUACGUUCACAUCAAAGAAUCCACACUGGAGAGAAACCCUUUACAUGCCUGGAGUGUGGACAAAGCUUCACUCAUCAUUCGAGUCUACAUUCGCAUCAAAGGAGCCACACUGGGGAGAAACCCUACACAUGCCUGGAGUGUGGGAAAAGCUUUACUAAGAGUACAAAUCUACAUUUUCAUCAAAGGACUCACACUGGUGAGAAACCCUAUACAUGCCUGGAGUGUGGAAAGACAUUCACCCGUAGUGGAUAUCUGUGUUCGCAUCAAAGGACUCACACUGGGGAAAAACCCUAUAAAUGCUUGGAGUGUGGACAGAACUUCACUAAGAAUAUAAAUCUACGUUUGCAUGAAAGGACCCACACUGGAGAGAAACCCUAUACAUGCCUGGAGUGUGGACAGAGCUUUAGUUGUAUUUCAGGUUUACAUUCCCAUCAGAUGACUCACACUGGGGAAAAACCUUAUGAAUGUCUGGAGUGUGGAAAGUGCUUCACUCAAAGUGCAAAUCUACAUAGACAUCAAUGGACUCACAUUCGGGAGAAAUCCUAUGCAUGCUUGGAAUGUGGACAGAGCUUCACUCAAAUUUCAGCUCUACGUUCACAUCAAACGAUUCACACUGGGGAGAAACCCUAUAAAUGCUUGGAGUGUGGACAGAGCUUUACUAAUCAUUCGAGUUUACGUUUGCAUCAAAGGACCCACACUGGGGAGAAACCCUAUACAUGCCUAGAGUGUGGAAAGAGCUUCACUCAAAGUGCACACCUGCAUAGACAUCAAUGGACUCACACUCGCCAGAAACCUUAUGUAUGCCUGGAGUGUGGACAGAGCUUCACUCAGAAUUCAGGCCUACGUUCACAUCAAAGGACUCACACUGGUGAGAAACCCUUUACAUGCCUGGAGUGUGGAAAGACCUUCACUCAGCGUGCAAACUUACAUAGACAUCAAAGGAUUCACACUGGGGAGAAACCUUAUGCAUGCCUGGAGUGUGGACAGAGCUUCAUUCAGAAUUCAGAUCUACAUUCACAUCAAAGGACUCACACUGGGGAGAAACCUUAUGCAUGCCUGGAGUGUGGAAAGAGCUUCACUCAGAGUGCAAAUCUACAUAGACAUCAACGGACGCACACUGUAGAAAAAUCCUAACAAAGCUUGGAGUGUGGACAGAGCUUCAGUAAGAGUGUAAAUCUGUGUUCGCAUCAAAGGACCCACACUGGGGAGAAACCCUAUACAUGCCUGGAGUGUGGACAGAAAAAUGGAAAUAUACAUAGACAUCAAAGGACUCACACUUGGGAGAAGCCCUAGAAAUAGCCUUGCAGCUUCAAAACCUGGAUGCAAUUACACUAUGAUGUAUGUAUCCCCUAGUAAUUUGUUUGUAUAUGAUUUUGAAAGUAUUAUACAGUGUGCAAUACUUUGUUCUCAGAGCACAUGCAGUAGAGUCUCACUUAUCCAACAUAAACGGGCCGGCAGAACGUUGGAUAAGCGAAUAUGUUGGAUGGGGGGUUAAAGAAAAGCCUAUUAAACAUCAAAUUACAUUAUGAUUUUACAAAUUAAGCACCAAAACAUCAUAGACUGUUACCUGUCCAACACCAUAGUCAUUGGCAGCCUUCUGCAUCAUCUCUCCUUUAUCCAAUCUCUUGAUUGGCUCAAGUUUUUGUUCCAUUGAUACAACAAUCUUCUUUCUUUUAGUUGCCAAAAGGACAUGCAUAGAUUGGUGGCGGGAGGGGUCUACCACUUGUUUGGAAGCGUGGCUGCACUUGUGUUAUUGUCGGGUGUGUUGUUGUUUUUCUAGGCAGCAAAACAAAUGAUGUUUUUAGUUGUUUGUAAUUUGUGUAGUUCUUUGAUUUCAUUAAAAUAUAAGUGAUCGUCUCUGCAAUGUGAAAAGAACAGAAUGUGCUGUCAUUGUAUACUGUAAAUAGAAGUGAUUUGAUCAUGUUCACAUUACACUCCUGGAGGGUGGCAUUUCCCUAUUCCCGUUUAGGGCCUCUGGAAGUGUAAGGAGUCCGAUAUGGAGAAAUAAAGCAGCAUUAACUCAA